AUGGAAGAUGAUUGUAAAUCAUCAUCACUGGAAAAUAUGAUGCAAGAAUGUGAGAAGGCAGAUGUGGCAACAUCUAUUCUGGAGCGUGCAUUACCUAAUCAAACACUUAAGUUAGUUAAUAAUUUAGAAUUAAAUCCUAACAUUACAAAUAGGUCUAUUGCAUCUACAAAUGGGGAAAUCCAAACCUUAAAAAAAAAGAAGCAGUCAUCUAGUAAAGAUAAAGCCUUUACAAUCAAAACUAUAUUAGAUAAGCAUGUUACUCCUAUAUGGCUUACUAAUGAGGCACCAAGAAAACUAAUACCUACACUGGAGAACUUAGAAAACCAACUAGAAACCAUUAUCAGCAGAGCAAAUUUGAAUGAUCUUACUUUAAGAAAAUUAUAUGGUAUUUUAUCUCUCAGUUACAAUUUAAAUAUGACAUCAAGUAAUGUCCCAAAUAUUGAGCCUGUUGUUAGGAAGAUUGUCAUGACAUUAAAGAGUAGUCAAACAGCAAAUUCAACUCAAAAUCAGACAGAAAAGAGAAGAUACAAGCGUAUUAAGGAGAAGAGAGUAUUAAUUAAUAGUCUUGCAGAAUUUAUGGACGGUGACAGGACAGCUUCAUUAAUGUCAUGUGCUAUUAAAAUAAAACACUAUUGUGAAGAGAAUCACUUAAGUCAUCCAAGUAAUGCAAAACUCUUUUUGAUUGAUGAAACGUUAAGAAAAUUUAUACCUAAUAGGGAUUCAAUAGGUAAACAGGUGAACUCAAUAUUUGCAGUUCUGAAACAGUCCAAUGUUGAGAUUAUAGAUGAAAAUGGUUCAGUUUAUAUGCAAAAUGUUGAAUCUGAGGAUCAUUUAGGUAAGCUUUCAUCACUUGCUAUAAAAAAGAGAAGAAAAGAUGUACAGGAGACAAUCUAUGGAAGUGAGGUUAAUGAACCAGACAAUAUUAAUAUAAAAUUAGAUUAG